ACAGGUAGAGUCACUCCAACACUGUGAGCGUUCAGCCAUUACUCGCGAUGGUGACUGCGGGAGACUUCACGUAAAAAAAAGAACACGCGAAAACAGUUUGGAUUCACGGAGCUCACCUUUGUGCUCAGGUGUUACAGUGAAAGGGCCUCAGCAUCCUGCAUCCCGCGCGUGUCUCACCCACGGAUCUUUCGCUGCUGUUCGUGUAGUAUUACUUUGUUUUUGUUUUUUUGUAGUUUUUUUUUGUAGUUGUUUGUCUUCAGAUGACGGCGCAGGUAGACUACCUGGUGGUGUUUUUCACCGCCACAUCUGGCGCGAGCAGAGAAUUGCUGGGAUCUGACGAAAAGGAGCUUGUUCAGUUGGUCUGGCAGCUGGUGGAUGUAAAGAACAAAACGUUGGGCCGGGUGAAUGAGCUCCUCAUUAAGCCUGCACUCUCAGACUUGACAGAAGAAAAAGCGGAGGAGGAUGUGGUGGAGGAAAGCCAGGAAAAGGAGGAUGGGUCUGCAAAUUGUGUAUCCACAGCAACUAGUCUUGACAGUGCUUUAAACUUGUUUAACUUACAACUGACGAACGAGGUGAACAGCUCGGGCGCAGGCACGUCAGUGUGUUUGUGUACGGACGGGCAGCUCCACAUCCGUCAAGUGAUUCACCCUGAGGCCGCCGGCAAGAACAUCCUGGUCCCGGACUGUUUCUACUCCUUCUUUGACCUUCGGAAGGAGUUUAAGAACCACUUCCCGACAUCUGACCUCAAGGCUUUGAACGUGCACGUCAUGGCAGAGUCUCUUAAUGUACCUGUUGACACACCCACCACGUGGGACCCCUCAGUGCCUCAGGACUCUCCGGCUGCGUUGCCCAGCGAAGUGGCUGUGCAGCAGCUCCGGCUCAUGGCCAGCAUUGUUCUCGCACUGCUCUCGGAGCCUUUUUGCCACACAUUUUCUAACCCGGAGAGAGUUAGCGAGAGGUUUGAGAGCGGCACUUGUAGUAAGAUGGAGAAAGUGCUCGACAACACGGUGAUCAGAGCCAGAGGGUUGCCGUGGCAGUCCUCUGACCAGGACAUUGCUAGAUUUUUCAGAGGCCUCAACAUUGCCAAAGGAGGCGCCGCACUGUGCCUUAAUGCUCAGGGGAGAAGAAAUGGAGAAGCACUUGUUCGUUUCGUCAGUGAAGAACACAGAGACUUGGCGCUGCAGAGACACAAACACCAUAUGGGAAACAGAUACAUUGAGGUCUAUAAAGCAACAGGAGAAGACUUCCUGAAGAUCGCUGGAGGUACUUCCAACGAGGCGGCCAUGUUUCUGUCCCGCGAGGACCAGAUCAUAGUGAGGAUGCGAGGUCUUCCUUUCACGGCCACACAUGAGCAGGUGCUGGCCUUUUUCUCGUCGGGGGAUGACCUAAACGGGAAGUGUCCGGUCAGCGGAGGGAAGGAUGGCAUCCUGUUCGUUCACUACCCAGAUGGACGUCCCACCGGGGACGCUUUUGUUUUGUUCGCCUCUGAGGAACAUGCUCAGUGCGCUCUGAGGAAACACAAGGAAAUCCUGGGGAAGCGAUAUAUAGAGCUGUUCAAAAGCACAGCAGCAGAGGUGCAACAGGUGUUGAACCGGUACUCAUCGGCCCCCCUAAUCCCUGUGGCCCCAGCCCCACUGGUUUCAGUGCUACCCACGAUGUCUCUCCUGCCCCCUCCUGGUAGUGUGAGGGACUGCCUAAGGCUGAGGGGGCUCCCAUACACAGCGAGCAUAGAGGACAUUCUCACCUUCCUGGGCGAGUUUACACACGAUAUCAGGCCGCAUGGUGUGCACAUGGUUCUCAACCAGCAGGGCCGGCCAUCAGGGGACUGCUUCAUCCAGAUGGGUUCAGCAGAGCGGGCGAUACAGGCCUCGCAGAGGCUUCACAAACAAGUCAUGACCAGCCAGCGAAACGCCAACAGCCGCUACGUGGAGGUCUUCCCCUGCAGCGCCGAGGAGAUGGGCCUGGUGCUGAUGGGAGGCUCGCUGUCGCACACGCACACACACACACACACCCGGAACAGGAGUGGGACAGGGCUCAGCCCUCCGCCAUGUAAGUCCAGACGUUUAACUCCACCUUCCUACUCCUUCACCCCUGUUCCACCUGUGCUGCCCGCUGAGGCUGCUGCUCUGUACCCACCCAUUGGGCAGAUGUUGCUGACCCCUCGCCCUCUGCCACCCGGACACGCUUACUACCCGGCUUCAGCUCAGAUAUACAUGAACUACACCGCCUACUACCCCAGCCCGCCAGGCUCACCUACGACUAUGGGCUUCUUCCCGGCCCCCUCCUCUCUCUCCCAGGGAGGGUUGGUACGAAUGCCAGGCCUGCCUUUUAGCGGCACAGGAGUUAAAGACCUCAUUAAUGCAGUGCAAGGAUAUCAGUACACCCCUGAGGAUGCACUCAUGCACACGCACGGGCCCAUGCACGGUCACGACCCAACCAGGACGUUGUUUACGCAGCCCAAAGAAUGGGGUCCAGCGGAGUCCGUCUCUCUCCUGAGCAGCAGUCUGAUGGGUCAGUCCAGUGGAGCAGAUGCUUCUCUCAUGUCCCUCCCUGCUCUCAUGGCCAAGCCAGGGGGUCAGUACUUGGAUAUGACCCUUCUGUAG